AUACGCGCAAGUCUGUCACUGUCACAGCGUCUCACACAACGAUAGAGUACUAAAAAAUGGUAGUAAGUGAUUUGUAGUACCGAUUAAUAAUUUUGCGAUAUCAUUUUAAAAUUAAUUCGCUGUUAAGUAUUUUGAUCGCGAGUUUGUCAUGUGAAAUCGUAAAUCACACUUAGAUUUAGUAAAUAACGCUAGAAAAGGAAGUGUCGUAAUGGAGAUAUUACAAUCAUUUAUUUACUUUUUUUAGUACAGUGAAAAAUGUUUGAAUGACGUUAAUCUUCUGUAUGUGUUGACGUUAUGAAAAAAGAGAUAUUCGGCAAAGUUGUAUAUAUUUUAUCCCUAUGGCUAAAGGAAAACUAAGGGGUUCAGAUUCAAACAAUAAGUUAACAACUUCAAAUGCAACCUUUAAAAAUGGGGAAACAUAUACAUCAGAGUUUGAAAUUAAUGAAAUACCACCUAGUGCCCGCACACUGCUUACGAAGGGUUACAUACAAGAUGAAAUUAAUUCUUACUCAGGUGCUACUGUUUCAACACGUGGACGUUUUAUGACAGAACAAGAGAAGUUACGUUGCCCUAAUGAGCGACCUUUGUAUCUUUAUAUACAAGGGCAUGCAAAACAUAAUGUAGAUUCGGCUAUACAAAAAAUUAAUGAAAUUAUUAAAACAGAACAUCAAAGUUCUUUAAAUAGGCCAAGUAGAUUUACUAAUGCACCGCCACCUCUUAUGAGUUUACAUUCCGGAGUUACAUCUGUGGAAAAAAUCUGUGUUGGGAUAGAAAAUGCUCCAGAAGGAUUUGAUUUAAGAGGUAGAAUUAUAGGUGCAGGUGGAGCAAAUCUAUUAUACAUUAGGGGUGAAACAGGUGCAAAUAUAACUUUAAGGGGUAGAGGGUCGCAAUUCAUUGAUCCUGUUUUAGGCACUGAAUCUCCAGAACCACUGCAUUUGUAUAUAGAGCAUCCAAAGCCAGAAGCAUUACAAAAUGCAAAACAGUUAGCAAUUAAUUUAAUCCAGACAAUGCAAUCGGAAUUGCAAUCAUAUAUACAGCAGCAACCACCACCAGUACAAUCACAGCAAGUUAUAGAACAGUCGCAAAUGCCACAAACACAAUUUCAAACCAUGAACAUUGGUACUUUGGGACAGCCUAAUGUUGUUACUAUACAACAUCAAGAUAUUAUACAACACCCACAAAGUAGUGUAGUAACAUUGCCAGCAACCAUUCUCACUGCUACAGUGACUGGUGCACCAGGCUCUGGUAUAACAGUUCCUCCACCUGGAGUACACAUUCCACCCCAUUCUGGACCAUUGGUACCACCACCACAAACACAGGAAAUACAAACAUUUAUGCCACCUCCGCCAGUUGGACAAGUACAAUUAAUUGGUCCUCCAUCAACAGUCAGUCAAGUGCAAUAUCAAAUUCAUCCUGGGCAACCGCUACAAAUUCAAGGGAUUCAACCUGGAUCACAAUCAUCACCGCAACCUGUAGCCCAAAUGUAUGUUAUGAGUCAACCACCGCCACAGAGUCCAGCUCAACAAAACUUCAUUACAAGUAGUAGUGCGCCAGUUAAUGGUGCAGUUUCUUAUGUUUAUACACAACCAAAUGUACAAAGGCCUUCUACACCGCCACAAGGGAUAAUCGAAGCUGUUAACGUGAAUUUACAACAGCCACCUCCAGCAGCUCCAAUUAACAUAACUCAACAACCACCUCCACCAUUAUUACACCUUCAUUUUCCUCCGCCAAACUUCCCGCCAAAUCAACCACCACCUCCAGUACCACAAACUUACCAAAUACAAUAUCAGCAGGUGCAAGCAGCUGCAUCACAAUCUCAAACACAGUUUGUGUUACAACCUGGGGAGCAUAUUGUUCCACCACAGUUGCAGCAAAAUCAUGAACAAUCUCAGGCUGUGGCUCAGCAUAUGUUACCACCACAGUUUGAAGGUCAUGCUCCCCAAUUUCAUUUACAAGUACCUCCUCCGUCUACGCAAACAUUUUUGGUCCCUAAUGCUCAAUCGCCCCAACAUCCUCAACAACAUCCUCUUCCUCCUGGAGGUGAGGUUCAACAUCAACAAGAAGGACCAGUGGAUCAAGGGCCACAGCCACAACCAGUACCACCUCCGCAAAUUGUACCACCGCCUGCUGCUCAAAUGUCGAACUCUAUGAAUGUUCUUACUAGUAUUCCACCGCCGACGCAAGCACCUUCUUCACAAAAUGCUCCAUGGCUAUAUCAAGCACAACAACCGCAACAAAUGAUGCAAUCGCAGGGACAAUUACAGGUUCAGAUGCCACCCGCAAAUAUACCUUUACAUAAUGUACCUCCACCGCAAGUUCAAGCACAGAUACAGUAUCAUGCACAGCAUAUGCAAUAUCAGAAUGGUCAUAUACCUCCUCAAGUACAUUAUACAGUUCAACCACCACCUCAACAGUUUGAGCAAAAGCCUGAUUCCCCAGAACAAAAGUCUCAUGGCGUAAAAAGAAGAUUUUCAGACGUUGAAACAAAUUCGGAAACAUCACCUUAUCAGUGUGGUCCUCUACCUGCUCAGCGUCAUGGAACAGGAGAAGGUGAUCGACAGCAACAAGUCUUACAUGGUCCAUCACAAGCAGCUGCAGGCCUUCCUCAUGGAGAUCGAAACAAGCUGCUAAUGCCACCUCCACAUCAAGGUGAGAAACGCAGCUUGGAUCAAAAAACUGCAGGCAUAAAUACAGGAAAUGAGCAAAAUCCGAUCGGAGAUUCGAUAAACAUACAUCCUGGAGGACCGCCUCUGCCUCCUUCACUUCCACCACAGGCACCAUGGCAAACGCAUCAUGUUAGAGUUCCAUGGGGCAGACCACCACCAAUGCCAAGGGAUGGAGAGCAUCAAGGAGUGUGUCCUACAUUACCUCCAACAAAUAUGCCACCACCACAAAUUAGACCCAGAGGACACAUUGAAGGUAAUCGUUCGCCUAUACAAAAUGCGAUAUUGGAGCAUCCGUUGAAUGUUGAGUAUAAUCAAAUGCCACCGUAUACGACAAAACCUCCUCCUUACAAUUCACACCCAUUGAUGCAAUCCAUUUGCAAUCCACCGCCACCACCACCGCCGCAUCAUCAGCAGCGACCGCAGCAUCCUCCUCAAAAUGUGCAGCAUUAUCAGGUGCCAAUUUCACAGACAUAUCAACCACCGACUUCCUGUCCACCGUGGAUGAAUUAAAAUAUGAUAAAUACGAAUGGAGUUCUUACGUUAGUACCUUAAAAGAUGGUUGAUGCAGUCCGUCCGAUUUCACAUCGUACUAUCAAUAAAUUUAUACGAAUGUCGUUGAUUCUAAAGAGCAUAAUGAACGUAAAUGGAUGGUAUUGCAUUAUCUUAUCUUUAUCGAAUUGUUCCUUGCGAUAGUAACUAUUUCAUUGCUAAUGUGUCGUUGCAAAGAUGCUGUUCUGUAAAAAAUGUGUAUAUUUUACAAAUUAUUUAUAGCGAAUGUCUUAAGGGUUUAGAUAGCGAAUGAUAGUAUAAACGAAUUUAUAAAUGCAGCGUUACGAACGAACAAUGCGCGUGAUCAGUGAGAUAAGGAAUUUGAUCUAUGAUGCGUAAUCAUGUAACGCAGAGAUCGCGAAUGUGAUUCGCGAUUUGCUAGAAUGAGUAUAUAUGUAUUGGAAGCGUGGCGGGUGCAUACAAGGAGA